AGGCGACAGCGACAUCUAUUCAGUGAAUAGAAGCGACUUUUUGACUAGCGAAAAUUGUUUUCCAAUUUCGUCACAAGAUAGCAACGAAACGAAAAAACAAUCUUGAUUCAUUGCUUGCUCGACUAACUACUUCACUUUUGAGAAAUUAUAGUUGCUGAAGAAAAAAUAGCCACGCUCGGCUAAAAGGAACAUCAACGAAGAGUUGUUACUCCAUAGUACCACGUUUGGCGUUGCAGGAGGUUUUUUGGUGGCACUCGAUAUUUCCGAGGCGAAUACAGUACGUUUGAAGUAAAGCAAAAGCCCUUUUUUGCUCGUAGCUCUUCCGUUUUUGGUAACAAAAGUGUACGUGACAUGAAGUAGCGGCCUAAGCGAGUUCGUCGCCAGCAGCGAGCAAGAGUAUUUGAAAAGAACUUUCACCGCAAAGCUUAGCCACUUUUUUGCAGCGUUCCAGUACUUCUAGGUGGCUUUUUUGGAGGUGGCAAUCAGGAUUAUUUUUUACCAACGACUCGUGAUGGGAAUAGAAUUUCAGUAUUGGGAAGCAGCCGAAUAGCUAUUGUUCUUCCUGUCAAGAAAAGUAAAGUACCUGUUGCAGAGAAAAAGCUCAGGAACUAAAAACAGCAGUACCAUGAAGAUGUGCCAGUAGUUAUCGCAAAAGUAAUUGAAGUUUUUUACUGCUGCUCAAGAACCAAAGCAGCAAGAAGUGAUUGAUACAGGAAGAAUAAAAUAUAUAGAGUUCAAAGACACUAACCUAAUACAGCGAAAAAAAAAAGAAUACGAAGGUUCUUUGACAGCACUGAAGCAAGUGUGGAGCAAAGAACGAAGCAUCCCUCUAAUAAACGUUUGGAUGUAAAAAUAAUGAUACUACCGUUGUACAAUUUCAACUAGAACGUCAAUUAUCUUCACAGCGACGGGUCGUCCAAGCGAAAAAGCAGAAAACUGGUAUAACAAACUAAGUAGAUACAGGCGGUGGUUCAUUUUUAGAGCCGCUAUCGCCUUUUUCCAGUCGAAGAAGGCAACUAUAGCAACAGCGGGGCCGCGGCGGGGAAUCAUACGCAAGAUACCGAUCGAUAGAAUGGAAAUGUUGGAGCACGAUCUUGGAAAUAAAAAUCUUGUAGCGCAGCAGCCAGCUGCGAGCGCGACGAUGAAGAUCGGGGACGGAUUUGGAUGUGGCGUUCUUGAGCAUGCAGCAGGAGAAGAGAAUUAUGCCAAAAAUCAGGAUGCCUUUCCUGCGGGAAACAACCCCUUCGUUCGAAGUGCUCUGCUGGAGAGCACGCCGCCCAGGAGUUCGUCCAAUGCCGGGCCGACGCAGCAGAUGACCACGACCCCGGAGCCGGGCGCGAGACUGGACGAGUCGGGUACUAGUUACGAUCAUCUGUAUGUUGCUGCAGAUGAAAACGAGGCGGAGGUGGACCACACGCGGGCAAUGAAAACGCCGCAGAACAUUAAAGACAGUGGUUUUGGUGGCGACAAAGAUGAUACGGUGGCACAUCACAAGUCGAAGAGUUACGGAGUGGACGACCACGACGAGCUGGGGCCGCAACACCACCUGGAUUUGUCAGAGCAGGACGGCGCCUCGCGACAGAGCAGGGCGAGCACCAGCAACAGCUGCAAAAACAGUCGUCAUGAGGGACUGGGCACCUCGCUGAAAACCUGCAGUUCGUCAAAAAAUUUGCUGAACACUUCCACGGAAAUCACGACCACUUCGGUCUCGGACGGCGACGAAGAGCCGCCCAAGCUGCGGCUGUUGGGUAAUAACACCCCGUCUCCGGCGAACAUGGAAACUGAGUGCAGAGCUGCUAAUAAACUACACCAGGGACGAGGACGAGCCCCUUUUCACAACGAGGGCACCAGCAGCUGCCACGAGCAGCCUGUCGAAGUUGGAGUUCUCGCAGGUCUACUUGGUAGAAACGGAGAUCAUAUGAAUGUUUUUAGCGAGCUGCAGGGUCCUCGUGACGUGGAGUUUCAAGAACGCGACCACGGCGCCGACGCGGCGACCACGGUUCGUAAAAUGUCGUGCGACCUGUCGACGCCGCGGUCGCAGAAAAGCACCGAGAAAACGCCUUGCUCGGUGUUGGAGGAGGUUCUCAUGGCAACGAACAGGAUGAUAGUCGAUGUUGUUGUGCCGCGAGAUGAGGCUGGCGGUUCUACUGUUGAUCCGCGGGCUGGUACCAUGGAUGUUGUUGAAUCUCGUAGUACGCAGUCAUUUGUUCCCGGCCCAACAAGUUGUACUAGCCUCCCGCCGCAACGCCCGGCGGCCGCGCCGCUGGGCGGGUCGUGGUCCACUAAUGCAACACGACCGGAAGCAGGAACGCAAGAGCAAAUACUUUUAUCAUGUGACAACAGUACAACUUUGUCUUCCACCUCAGUGCCGAUGGAGCAGGACACAGACAUUGCGGUUGAUAACCACGGUGGUUGUGAGAAAAAUAUUGGCAUUAUUUCUACUACGGCAUCUUCUUCAACCUCUGCGCUGGCAGCGGGAGGUUCUUCCGCUACCACGCCUGCAGCGACCGAUCGUGUUAUCGUGGGGGAGCUGAUGGCACAGCCAAACUUGACCGAAGCCGUAGAGGAGCUCUUGGAGUUGAAGAUCACCAAAGAGGACGCGGAAGAAUUUUGCGAGCAGUACGGGUUCGACCCGCAAAAGAUCACACCGGUGCUUACCAUUCUUCCGCCCGGCGCGCUGCACGUGAUUCAGGCCAGCAGCAAGUUCGAGCAACUGUUGCUGUCCGCGCAAAAGAAGACCUCGCUCUUCAAAAUCGACACCAGCAAGGAUGAGCUGCAGCAGCUAACCGCGCACUUUCUGCACCUGAUCCGCGACUUUGUGCGCACCAACGGCGACGAAAAAAAGUUCGUGGCGGACUGCGAAGCGGCGCGGUUUUGCUUCCUGGAGGAGAUGGACUGGGAAAACAUUGCCUACAACCUGCGCAUGAAGUUUUUCUACGCCAGCAACCUGAAGCGGAAAGUCAUCAUGAGCAAUUGGAUGGAAACCAGCCUGAAGACGCUGCGGUCCUCGUCGCACGGAGGUGCAACGACGUCGACGGGGGGGCCCCUCGAAGCCCUAAAAGCGCGGCGGAAGAAAAUGCUUUCUGACAGCUCCUCCGCGUCGCGAAAGUCGACGCGGAGCUCGCUCGGGUCGCGAAGCCCGCCCGGAAAUGCGGACGCGGCUGCGUCGUGUGGAGGCGGGGGUUCCGGAGCAAAAAUGGUCAACCGCGGGCGGGACAUUCUAGGUACUUCUACCUUUUUCUUCGGGCUCUGAUCUGUCCGAGAUGAGUCUAAUUGUGCUAUGUAUUGAAAUACCCGUUCGAUGUUUUUACUUCGGAUUGCGUUUCUACUUGCCAGGAACGAACUACAUAAAAACUCAGAAAUCGUCGAAGAGGAGGAUUUGCUGCUGCUUUUGUGUGCUAUCCCGCGCAAAGAAGUCAUCCCCUUACCACAGAAGGAUAGCACAAGCAGACCUCUGUAUAAUUAAAAUGACUUGGCCUGGACUCUUUAGUUCGGGUCAUGGGCUACAAGUUGCAUUUUUAUUUCUGAUCGCAUGGUCCUCGUGGUGUCUGUGAGGAGCUUUUUGCACAGGAUACGCGAAUACCGUGGGUUAACAGACGAGGCGAAACAGGCUUUGCGAAACGCCGUGCAACCCGUUCAGGCGGCGGUAUGAUUAUUAUCCAGCGUGCUAAUAUCGCUUUUUAGGCACAGAGACAACUUCUCUUUGACCUUUUUGAUCUCGUCUCUACCAGCCUAAGCCAGCUCUAGCCUUGUCAGUCUUCGAUAGAACAGGUUCCGUUAUUGUGGCCCUAACAAAAUAUUAAAGAUAGCAUGCAGAUGCGGGCUGGAUAAUUCAUUGGAACAUCUUCAGACUGCAAAUUUCGAAAUUAUGAUCCGGCGUACUGCUUCUUGCACUGCAAAUAUUAACUCAGCUGUGUAUAAUCAAGAGACAAAUAAACGAGGUAGUUACUUACAAAAAUACCUGUGUGAGCAUUAGCAUUUACAUUACCAGGUCCUGGGUUGUUACGAGGAUUACAAUUCGGAGCUGUACCAGGACCUGCACGCCCGCGGCGGGUCCCCGGCGGCCGCGCCCAAAGGCCUGGGCAUGACGCGACGUCCCCAGGUGGAGGAUUCCUUCGAGAAGCGGUCGGAGGUGGUGCUCAAAUUGGUGCACGACUUUGAAACCGGAGCAGGAGCGGCCAUGUCGCUGGGGCCCCUCGGGGGUGGUCUUGGGGGGCACCAAGGGAACACCUUAGUGCUGCAGGCAGAGCAGUUUUUCCAGAUGCACAACAUCGACAAGUCGGCUAUGGGAUAGUUCUCACAUGUCGCAUUCUCAACUGUUGUACAUGAAUUUGUAUUUGGUGCGCUGCAGAAAUUAUAGCAAAAGUAAGUAAGUAGGGCGUGCGCGACCUCUCGCGAUGCAGGUUUGGCAAAGAUUAUUUCCAUCCUGUUUGGGCCUUAAAAGAUUUGUCAUGCGAAGUAGCUGGAUCGUGUCGGUGACAAAUCCUGGUUGUGCGUGACAAAAAAUCGUGCAACAUUUGAGAAUGUAAGUCUUGAAAAUUCCCAUAUCGGCGCGGGACAUCUUCUGGUCCAGCUCGGUGGAGGUGCAGCAGGCGGUGCUGCGCGCCGGCCCGCUGGUGGACGCCCGCAACACCUCGGCUGUGCUGGUGAAGCGCGUGAAUUCCCUGAGUUCACAGCUGAACCUGGGCCCGCUGCACCAUAGCCUCGUCGAGAACGGAAAAAACUCCGCUGUGUUUUCCAACAACAGUGCCCGCGGAGCGCUCGGCAACAGCAUCACCGGCGCCGGAGACUACCCGUUCGGCAACAACAGCCUUGCUGCUGGUAUGAAAGGGAGUGGCUCGUCCACCUUCGGCCACCUGAACGGGCUGUCUGGCGCUGGCAAGGGACAGGGAGGGACUUCUAUGGGUCCUUUCCGAGGAGGACACGCCUCCCCUUUCCAGCAAGGCAAGAGUGGCACUGGCAACAGUUCUUGCGGUAAUAUUUCAUCUUCACUGUCCGGCGGCGGAGGAGGUGGUGGCCCGCUGAGUAUCGCUUUGAGCGCUAUGUUUGCGCCAGCCGGCAGUCCGCCCUGUUUAUCAUACAGAGAAAGCACGCUAGGAGGUCACAUUUAUGCAAAAGUAAACACAUGGAUUGUAGUUCUCUCUUGCAUGGCGAUGGCGUAAACACCGUGCUAUGUGCCUGCAUAUGACCAUAAAUUUUUUUGCCUCUUUAUUUUUGGAUGACGAAUGUGCCCUGGUACUGGUAGCUUUUUUCUCUCGGAUACUCUUCGCCAGCCACGAUGGCGGCUCCGUCGUGUGGUCAGCCAUCGAUGAUGGGAGGACGGAACAAUAGUCUAGCCAUGCUGCAUAUGGAUUGUAAAUGUGUGGGGGUCUGGAAAGAAUGGUAUUUUUGAUGCUAAGAACGUUGACUUUCGAUCAACACACAAAAUAACUGUAUUGCAUGAGCAGCAGGUUUUUUCUGCCCGGAGAAGGCAUUUCUCUUCCAGGAUAGGAAGGAGAAAGCCAUCGCAAAACCUGUACUGCUAGAGCGUAUAGCACAAUAGACAUCGUAAAAAAAAAAAAAAUGCAUGACAAGGUCAGCCAAUCUUCGAGACCCAGACAUAUUUGCACUGGACAUUGCAGGCCGAAGCGGCGCAGCAACAGACGCAGUUCCUAGCUUCUCCGAAUCACCACCAGCACAGUUUGUCUCCAACGAUGCCGAUGCAGCAGCAGCAACAGAAAUGUGCUUUCGGUGAUAAUUCGAAUUCCACUUCUGCUUCCCCCGGUCAACAUCAUCUCGUCGUGCCAAACAGCAGUCCGCAUUCGCACGCGUCUGGACCUCCACGGGCAAUAUCCAAUGCGGUCUCCGGAGGUGCUGGCCGUUCCUCCGUGUACAACAACCAAAAUCGGCACACCAACUUCGGGGGGCACCUCCCUGGUCAACAGCAGCUGCAUCAGCAGAACCACGGCAAUGUGGGCACAGGACCGAUGAACUCCUCGUCAUACAAUAAUUUCCACCAGAUGAACAAUAUGAACAACCAAAGGAACAAAAACAACUUGCAGAAUUUCGGAAAUAUGAACAACUCCUCCGCCACGAACCAUCUGUCGCUGGAACGCCAGAUGUGGUACAACUCGCGCAACACAUCGAACUGCAACCAGCUGUGGAGCCCACCGUCGUCGCGCGAGAGCUCGCCGGCCCUCGGACCCGCGUCGGGGGGAGGGCUGUCUGGUGGUACUAGUAAUGGGGGCUCCUGCAACGGCGGCUCCUUGGCGCCAGGAGGAGCGGCCUUGGGACGGACCAGCAGCUACAGCGCCACUCCGUUGCUGCCCCGGUCGCACUCGUCGCUCCCGGCUUAUGGACCGUACAACCAUCAAAAUGGAGGUGCGACGAACAACCCGCAGUUCUUCAACAUGCCUCGGUCUUCGCUCCAGGUGCCCUACAAUGCCUCCUCUGCGGGUGGUGCUCUUGGACGGGGUGGAAAUAGCAACGCGGAAGGAGCAGGAAAGCCGUGCUGGGAGACGUCGUUCGAAAAAUCACUUCAGGAAUGGCUGGAUUCGGACAACAAAGCGUCUGCUGGAACAGGUAAGUGCUAAUAGUACUGCUACUUGUUCUAACAUGGGUAAUUAUGUCAUGCAAGUUGGAGUUCGCCUUCUCGCACGCCAUAAGAUGCGAGCAAAGGGUUGCUUUUAUUUGUUACUGCGUAAGGCUAAGGAUCAUGAGAACGACAAGUAGGAUGAGCGAGCACAGGAAUCGUAAUCAUCUCACCGAUCUUGUGCUUGUGAAAUUUCCUCGCAAUAGUAAGUUUCAGCUCGUCAUUCUGUUGAUUUUCCCUUGAACAUUGAAAUUAUCCAAAACAGGCUCCUCAUCUGCAGCUCGUUCGCAUGUUGGCCAGGGUGGUGCUACGGAGGAUGAAGAUGCGCACAGCUGGGUGAGCAAAUUGAUCAGCGAAAUGUAGUGAAUGUUCAGUCCGCGAACAUUCCGGCGGUAGAUGAAAUUUUAUUCAAAGGAAAGCGCUCACGUAGAGGCUUCGCUUGCAGCGGCUAGCAGCAUCCUUGUCCGAAACUGGAACGGAUAGUACGGAAUAGUGGUUGGGUAUAGUAAUACAAAGUGCUAGUGCUAGGAAAUGAAAAAGGAAUGAAAGAAAAAAGAACGAUAUAUUUGUACGUAGACAAGAAUACUAUGAUGUUGAAGCCACUGACACUUCGCCUCGAAAACGAAGCGAGAGUGUCAAGUUCAGCUUUUGGCGUAAUUCACAGGAGAGCGUCAGUUGUUUCUCUUGAUUCUUGUACCCAAAACUGCUCCAUAAGUGACCAACUUCUACUGGGAUAAGGCCAGGGAAGUGUCACAUGAAGAGCAACUAGUACUUCACAGAUGUUGAAAAGAUUUCCUAUCCAGUUUCUACGGAGGAAGGGAACGUAAAAAAAAUAAUGCGCGGAAAUAUAAAUCUAAAACUAUCAAUGACCUAUCAAUGACUGGCGAAACUAGUAAAUCCAAGAUUUACGGACAAAAUAUAGCGAUCGUGGUUUUAGUUUCCAACGAAAAAAGAGCGCGUGCAGGGCCGGCCCGGAUAAUAUGUUUCAAGAACAGUGAUUGCUGGGGCGUCUCUUGCACUUUGUUUUGCACAUCAUCAAACUGAUGAUUUUUUUCAUGUAUCAAAGAAAUACAAACUAUAAGAUAACUAUGUACAACUACUGCGAUACUCUCCUCGAUGUCUUCAGCAUCCUCCACAUGCCUUUUAUCUCUUUUUCCCGGCAGCAACUUUUAUCUGCUUCAACAUUCGGACACUACACGGAAGUCCUUUGAAAAUGCAACAACUUCUCCCAGUUGAUUAUGCUUGAUAUUGCCUUGCUUGUUUCAUCCUCAGCAGUAUUCAGCAGCCCUUUCCUCUUUUCUUUGACGCUAUGGUGCUACCCUCGCUCCAGUUUGAUUUUUGACCCUGUAAUUAAAAAAGUACAAAAAUGCGACUUACGUUCCUAGUAUUACAAGAUCGAUAGGCAGCACAAAUAUUAUCAACAAAGGCUCGAAAAAAUGGCACUCCGCACCUUAACUAGCUUCUAGUGCCACACAAAUACUAGGCACAGAAUCACCGAAGAUAGAUCUGAUAAACAGUAGAAGACAGCGAAGAAGGCUUGGUGAGCAGAAUAUGCAGACAAGGACAUUCUCUUCGAUCUACUUUUAGAUAAAACCAACUUUAGCAAGCCGGGCCGUUGAGGGGGGGGCGAUAAAAAUGGCUCUAGAAUACGAGCUUCUCCAAGGUAGAAUAUGCACUCUAGAAAGAGAUCGGGGAGACGAGGACUCGUCCGGGCACUUACUAACGCUGGACCUGAAGAAGGGUCGGAACAAAGCGGCACAUUAUUCGCUUGAUUUUUCUACUUUGGUUUUAAGUCGAGGUUUUUUGUAUGCAGCUUCGUGCCGCCCGGGUGGAAGAACUGGCUGUUGACAAUCGACGACUCCGCUCGAGUUCUUGCAUCCUGUCGAUAAUAAAUGAGUCUGCGAAGCUGGUGCAGUGCAAAAAUAGAUACAAGUGAUAAAACCAGGGAAGCGAAGGAACUGACGGACAUGGUUUGACAAGCCUCUCUCUAGUUAUUGGUUGGUUUUUCAACGAAGACGAGUAUCACGACCGCCGGCCGCGUGCAGUAGGUACUUACCACCAACAAAUGAACGAAGACGCCACUUUUGAUCUGGGCUGUACAGCCGUGCAGUGUUGGCUGUGUCGCAGCGCUCGCUGUGCUAUUGAGAAUCUUCCGAUGCGACGGAGAGUUUUCGAGAUGGUGCUCCUUGCUCGGAUGAUAACAAAUGAACCGACGAAAUGAAAACUGCUGAGCUGGUUAUGUUUUUAGGAU